AUGUCCAACAACAAACGUUUCGGUCGGUCGCUGUCCACGACUUCAUCAACGUCAGACACUUCGUCUUCAUCGAUAUCUUCAUCUUGUGACAGUCAAGAACCAAACGCGUAUGCAAACUCAAAAUUUCCGCGCUUUUCGCCAGUACCAGCUCCUGUAUACCCUCCUAAGGUUGAGCGCGCUAUUUACAAUGCAAAAAAAAAGCACCGAUCAGAUAUCGAUCCGAACGAUUGGAAUCGCGAGGGUUUUGCUGGUUCAGAUGUUUGUGACCUACCGCUGGACGAGUCGAAUCCAAUUAAGCGAGAACAUUGCAGUGAAUUGAGUGUCAAGCGAUUUAUUGAAGAGUAUGAACUUCCAGUGAUUCCUGUUAUUAUUGAUGGAGUCCCAGAAGUUGAAGGGUGGGGUGCUAUCAAGCGCUGGUCGCUGAAAAAAUUACGGAAGAAAUACAAGCGCGUAGAGCUCAAAUGUGGCGAGGACGACUACGGCAAGUCAGUUCGGAUCAAAUUCAAGUAUUUCUUUUCAUACUUGACCAGCCAGACGGAUGACAGUCCACUGUAUAUAUUUGAUAGUUCGUUUGACGACCAUGUCGAUACCAAGCCAUUGCUUGACGACUAUCAGGUGCCCAAAUAUUUUCCUGAAGACCUUUUCUCGUUAGUAGGCGAGGAUCGAAGACCACCAUACCGCUGGUUCCUUGUCGGACCUAAACGCUCAGGGACUACACUACAUGUGGACCCACUUGGUACCAGUGCGUGGAACACGUUGAUAAUUGGUCGCAAGCGCUGGGUACUUUUCCCCCCGCAUCUUCCAAAACAUCUCGUAAAUGGCAAAGUGCAUCUGCGAGGUAACGAAGACGAUGAAGCUGUUAAUUACUUUAUGGAUUUGCUACCGCGUUUGAAGCGGGCAAACUCGCUCGAUGCUUUACAGUGUAUUGAAUUUAUGCAAUACCCUGGAGAGACAGUGUUUAUACCUGGCGGCUGGUGGCAUGCCGUAUUGAAUGUAGAUGACACAGUGGCGGUCACUCAAAAUUUUUGCAGCUCGCAAAACUUUGCUGCUGUAUGGCGCAAGACCCGCAGUGGCCGUAAGCGCAUGGCAGUUAAGUGGCUGAAAAAGCUGGAAAUAUCCAAUCCGGAGCUAGCUGCCUUGGCCAAAAAGCUAAACGAGAAGGAUAAUUAUAUUAUGUACAGCAAAGAGCGAAUCUAUACGCAGUCUCUGAAAAACUCGCACGAGCGAAAGAAAAAACGUUUUGAAUGUAAUUGCGAGCUGCCAGCAUCUUCACGAGACUCUCACAACACUAAGAAAAAGAAGAGAUGUUGCUGA